UCCAGCUCAUUUUUUUUCCUCUUUCUCCAGUCGGUUUUCUUUCCAAACAGGGAAAAGUGUUCCACGAAGCGGUAGCUCCUUGCCGCCUCGCCUUCUCCUCCCUAAUCCUGGGCCCGGCCCCCGUCCCGGCGCGAGCUGGUGGAGCCAGGGUUAGAAGCCCUCGGUGCCCCCGGAGCGCAGCGCGCAGGGGACCCGGGCGCGGGGCCAGCGCCCGCACAUGGCUGCAGCCCCCCGCGCGCACCCCAAGGCGCCGCGCCCUGAUCACAGAAGGUCCGUCGGCUGGGCUCGGUCGCCCUGCAGCCAGGCUGCGCUGAGCCGGGAAGUGCCCGUGUCCGGGGAUCGGGAUGUUCCUCUUCUUCCUCUGGCUAGUAUCCUAUUAUGUUGGAACGCUGGGAACUCACACUGAGAUCAAGAGAGUGGCAGAAGAAAAGGUCACCCUGCCCUGUCACCACCAACUGGGGCUUCCUGAGAAAGACACCCUGGACAUUGAAUGGCUGCUCACGGAUAGCGAAGGGAACCAAAAAGUGGUCAUUACAUAUUCCAGUCGUCAUGUCUACAGUAACUUGACUGAGGAGCAGAAGGGCCGAGUGGCCUUCGCUUCCAACUUCCUGGCAGGAGAUGCCUCCCUGCAGAUCGAGCCUCUGAAACCCAGUGAUGAAGGCAGAUACACCUGCAAGGUGAAGAAUUCAGGGCGCUAUGUCUGGAGCCACGUCAUCUUAAAAGUGCUAGUGAGACCAUCCAAGCCCAAGUGUGAGCUGGAAGGAGAGCCGACCGAAGGAAGUGACCUGACGCUGCAGUGUGAGUCGGCCUCUGGAACGAAGCCCAUUGUGUAUUACUGGCAGCGAAUCCGGGAGAAGGAGGGAGAGGAUGAACACCUGCCACCCAAAUCUAGAAUUGAUUACAACAACCCUGGCCGAGUGCUGCUGCAGAAUCUCACCAUGGCCUCCUCUGGGCUCUACCAGUGCACAGCAGGCAACGAGGCUGGGAAGGAGAGCUGUGUGGUGCGGGUGACUGUACAGUAUGUGCAGAGCAUUGGCAUGGUGGCGGGAGCGGUGACAGGCAUCGUGGCGGGAGCCCUGCUCAUUUUCCUCCUGAUCUGGCUGCUAAUCCGGAAGAAAAGCAAAGACAGAUACGAGGAAGAAGACCGACCUAACGAAAUCCGAGAAGACGCCGAAGCCCCCCGAGCCCGCCUCGUGAAGCCUGGCUCCUCUUCCUCAGGUUCCCGGAGCUCACGCUCUGGUUCCUCCUCCACCCGCUCCACCGGGAACAGUGCCUCCAGAAGCCAGCGGACGCUGUCGAGUGAAGCAGCACCGCAGCCGGGGCUAGCCCCUCAGGCAUACAGCCUAAUAGGACCAGAAGUGAGAGGUUCUGAACCAAAGAAAGUCCACCAUACGACCCUGACCAAAGCAGAAACCACACUCAGCACAAUGCCCAGCCAGAGCAAAGCCUUCCAAACUGUCUGACUUAGAGUGAACCUGACUUGCACUUCCCCGAUCAGUCAGGCUCUUAGGCUAGCCCCUGGACCUCGUCCACCAGCCACGCAAGCCCCUCAGCCAGAUAAGCUCUCACUUAAGUAGCUACAGGAAUGGCACUGACCAGUUCUGGUGAGCACCCUCCUUAUAUAGGAUACCAAACAAACAGGAGGAUGGAAACUGACCGUCUCUCUGUAAAGGUACCGUCACUGUGCCUUCAGACAGAGCGGCGCGGGGGAGGGGCCCAAGCUUAUUCGGUCAAUAAGGGAAGGGUGAGGCUGCACACACCUGAAACAUCUUACCUAGGAUCUUGCAAGUCACCACGGUGAAGAAGAAGAAGCGGGAAUCUCAUAGAUCAAUUUUCUACUCAUUUCUGCAAAUGUAUUGGAUUAGUGUGAUUUAUUCAGAUAGUCAAAACAGAAGCCCACGCCUUAUGAUAAUACCUAUCUGCAACAUGUACUGAGAGAACCGCGUUUAAGAAAUUCACAUUAAAAAAAAAAAGACGGAAACACAUUUUUUUUUUCUACCUUGACUUAACUUCUUGUGUCAUAAGGUUUGAACGUUAACUGGGGAGAAUUUGAAACGGUGGGAGACAGAGAAAUGUGUUUUUCUCUUACCUCAUCCACAGCCAAUCUUCCAAUUUCCAUGGAACCCUAAAAUAAUAGCUAAGGAGGAAGUCCAACCAAGUUGGGAGAUGAUUCUCUGAAGAGUUUUCCAUUUUGAUAUUCAGAGGAUUGCCAACAGAUAUCAAAACUAUCAAUCCCGGGGCAGUUUCGGCUCAUUACUCCAAUUUGACUGACUCCCCUAAAGACUUUCUGCUGGAUGUUUCUAGAAGAAACAAAUACUCACUAUACAUCACUUAAUGAAUGUCCUUAGGGACAGUCCUCUAGAGAAAGUCUCUCAGGGAUGUUGAAAGAUCCCCUUGCAUACACCACUUUCUGCUCCUCUUUCUGGGAAACCGUGAAACCAGAAUUUCAAGACUGUUCGGAAUAGAGAGUAGUGGGCCUUUCUUUCAGUAGGUCCAAGGACAUUUGAUAUUGGCCCCAAACUUGGCGAUUCUCCCGUUUCUUUCAUUCUAGAAGGAUGUGAGUGUGGGACUUUGGAUGAUUCUAGGCCUUAAAUUUUCAGCGAUCAUUUCCUAAAGGCACCGAAAACCCUCAUGGUCCUCCUCUUCCCGCUGAGAGGCUGAACCACUUCCUCAACGUCUUUCUUCUCAGCGGUAGACUCCAAGAAAAGUGUUGCCGUGGGCUGGGCUGGAAUGAACUACCAUCAGGGAGCGGGUGGCGAGCGAAAGGAGUGGGUGGUGGCAGCGGGUUCAGCUCAUGGCUGAUAACGUUUUUUUGUUGGUGGCAUUUUGGGAAAGAAUAAGCAGGGAGGAUUCACUACCAGCAAAAAGUUAUCAAUACAACUCACACAUGGAGAAGAGAGAUGGCUGAGAAAUUUAAACGAAGAAAAAAAAAAAAAAAGCAGCCAUCCCAGGACAAUUAACUUGCCUUUUAGAUGUUCUGGUGAUUAGGACACUGAAGGCUUAGCUGCGAAGCCGGAAGGAGCCCUUCAAAGAACAAUGCAAAGUCAGCUGAUCGUGGUGGGUGGAGCCGAGCAUUUUCUAUUGUUGACCAGGGCAAAGGCUAGCGGAAAGAGGAAGCCGGCUGUGGCUGCUGAGAUGAAAUGUUCUCUGAAAAAGGACUCAGACGCUGCCAGGGAAAAGGUUGAUUGCCCACUACUGCCCCCAUGUCUCCGGCUUCUUAUUCUUACAUUUUAUUGGCAUAAGAGAGUCCUCACAGGACGUACACACAUUUCCUUCUAAAAGUGCGUAGGAAAUGAUGCUUGCGUUAAGUUCUGGGUUCGUUUGGGUGGGCUUUGUGCAUGCUUAAAGUGACCGUCCUAACCUGAGUUCUGUCUUCCUUUUAAAGAGGUAGAAAUAAGAGACAUUGAGGGAACAACACAGGUGCCCGUUCACUUGAGAGAACCGGCAUAUUCGAAUGCUUCUUAUACUAACUCUUAUUGUAAGAUUUUUUUUUUUUUAAAGCCCGUUACUCUGACUACACUUUAUCCUUCUUGGAGGAUGGUAUCCAAGCAACAUGUCUUUUCUGCUAUGUAAUUCCGGGCGUUCUCAUUCCUGGAGUCCCUGAGCCAAACAAGCUUACGAGGAAGGCUGCAGCUGUGCUGUCAGAAGCAAUUUUCUCACUGCUCCCUGCCUUUGAGCACCGGGUUUCCUGUCUGCUCUUCAAGCAGGGAUCAGUCCCCUUUGUCGGAAAAGGAAAUUCCAAUGCUUUAAAUGUGUUAUUAGAAACUAAUACCAUUGAAUACCCAAAUUACUUUGGAAACUCUUCCCAAUGGAAAGCUACCAAAAAAAAAAAAAAAUACAUCAGACAUUAUACGAGGAACUGAGAAAUUCUGAGAGAUAAGGCACUGAAGUCAGAGGCUCAGAAUCAGCCAUUCGCGUUUAAAUAAGACAGAGAGUGGGCUGAAGCUAGAGGGAGAGCCAUGACUGGCUCCAAACCACCUUCUUCCAUUGACUUUGCAAACCAAGCCAGCUGAGUCUUUAAUGUGAAAAAUAGAAAAGAAAAAAAAAAAACCUGAUGGGCAAAAGCAAAAAAAAUAAUAAUAAAUGUUUGUAAGAAAAUGCAGAUGGAGGAAUGUGUAUGUUUAAAGAAUAACCGUUUCAAUAAAAUAUAUCCGCCAAAUUUAAAUGUG